UUAAAGUUGAUUAGUAUAGAAAAAAUGCCUUUGAAGCUCGGUGUCCGACUGAAAAAUAAUCAAUCUGAGCUCGGGUCCAAGCUUUCGUUCCCUGGCAAAGGCCACAAAGUCUCCGACUCUCCCCCGACUCCGGACCCACCAACAAUUUCUGUCCCCCGGAGUCUUAAGCCACAGCAGGAUCAACAAAUCCCUUCGCCAGAAAUUCCUGGUCCAGCAGCCCCAUUUGAGGGUUUCGCUAAUCCAGGAACCGCAUUGUGUCCUCCCAAGGAGUCUCCGACAUCAUCGACUCGCUCCAGCCCUGACAGAUCAGGCCAUGGCACCGCACGCAUCAACAUGACGCCGCCCCCCCCUCCCCGCUGAUGAGUGCAUCCCCCUCCUACCCUCGGAAGGAGCGCGAUCGCGACGCACGAACUUGCCCCGCUACGAGCCGACCGACUGGGAC